AUGAGCGAAUUUACGGACGACUUUACGGCUUCUACCAGAUCAAAAUCUUUUCUAGUUGUUACAGGUGCAAGAUACCAUUCUAAUGUCCUUGGAAAUAAAACAGAUGAUGAGAAUAGUGUCGUCGCCAUAGAGGAUCGAUUUCAAAGCUAUGAUGAGGUUCGACAAGAAAUUCUUAAAGACAUAAAGACAUGUAAUUAUAUGAUAGCCAUAGAUUACACAUUGAGCAACAUUUCCCAGGGACAGCAUACGAACGACGGAAAGAGUUUACAUGACCUCACCGGUGUCAAUCCCUACCAGAGGGUCAUUUUAGCACUUGGUGAGACAUUAGAACCAUUUAAAGAAGACGCUGAUGAAAUACUGAUAGUGGGUUUUGGUGACAAGAAGGUUAAAGACAAAGGCACAUUCCGGCUUUCGCAGGAACGUUGUGAAACAUUUUACGAGGUGUAUGAGGCUUAUAAUAAAGUGACAAAACAAAUACAACUGGCAGGGCCAACCAACUUCGCCCCUGUUAUCUACGAAGCGAUAAACAUCGUCAAAAGAACGUUGAAGUACCACAUCUUAAUCAUUGUGGCAGACGGCCAGGUCGUCGAAGAGAAGCUGACCCACGAAGCCAUUAUCGAUGCCUCUAAUUACCCACUGUCUAUAGUGGUCAUCGGGGUCGGGGACGGACCUUGGGGCUUAAUGGAAAGCUGGGACGACGUUAUCCGGGGCCGGAAGUUCGACAACCUUCAGUUUGUAAAUUUUCAAAAGGUCACAAGCGAAUCCAAAAUUCCGGAUGUCGCAUUAGCGCUUGCAGCACUUAUGGAAAUUCCUGAUCAGUACCGACAAAUCAAAGAUAACUUAUUGGUCAAUUCCUUGGACAAAAUGUAUGUCACUUUUAUUAGACCUUUACUCGAGUAUGCCGAUGUUGUCUGGGACAAUUGUAGUAAUGAAUUAAAAAAUGAUAUCGAAGCUGUCCAACACGAGGCGGCUAGAAUUGUAACCGGUGCUACCAAACUGUGUAGUAUUGAGCGGCUUAUAGCUGACGUUAACUGGGAUACACUUGCGGAAAGGAGACGCAAACAUCGCCUCAUUCUGUUCUUUAAAAUGAAAAAUGGUCUUUCUCCAGAGUAUCUUACAAAUCUAAUUCCUCAGCCGAGAGCUCAGCCAUAUGCCCUACGAAAUCGCUCAGAAGUUCCAGUCAUCCCUUGA